AUGGCACAUCUAGCACUAUCCUCUUCUAUCACUUACAAAUGGACUUUUGAUGUGUUUCUUAGUUUUCACGGUGAAGAUACUCGCUUAGGUUUCACCAGCCAUCUCUAUCGUUCUCUACGUCAAAGUGGAAUUCAUGCCUUUCUCGAUGAUGAAUUCAUUAGGAUUGGAGAAAAUAUCACACCCGCGCUUUUUGAAGCUAUACAAAAAUCAAGAAUAGCCAUCAUAGUUUUCUCAGAAAACUAUGCAAACUCAACGUUUUGUUUGCAAGAACUUGAAAAGAUUCUAGAGUGCUUCAAGGAACAGAAUCGGUUGAUAUAUCCAGUAUUUUGUUAUGUGGAUCCAUCAGAACUACGACGUCCCAGAGGAAGCUAUGCAGCAGCAUUGGCUCGACUGGAGGAAAGAUUCAAGGACAAUCCGCACAAGGUGGAAAAGUGGAGGCUGGCUCUGUCUCAAGCUGCUGACCUCAGAGGCUGUCAUCUCAAACCCAAGAUUGCAAAUGAACAAGAGUUUAUUACAAGGAUCACGAAUGUUGUUGCUGCUAGGAUUAACCGGUUGCCUUUAUAUGUUGCAAAAUAUCCCGUUGGACUUGAGGCUCGAGCCAAGAGAGUUAUCUCUCGUUUACAUCUUUGGUCCACAAAGGAAAUUAAAAUGAUAGGAAUUUGGGGAGCUGGUGGAAUAGGUAAAUCAACUAUUGCUAGGGCUGUAUAUAAUUCAAUUGCUGAUAAUUUUGAAGGCUCGUAUUUUUCUCCUAGUGUAAGAAAGGACUCCAAAAUGCCACAUGGUUUGUCACAUCUUCAAGAGACAUUAUUGCGUGAAUUAGUCAUGGAGAAAGAUCUUAAAUUGAACGAUUAUCAUGAGGGAAUACCAAUAAUAGAACAUAGGCUUGGUCAGAAGAAGAUUCUUUUGAUUCUUGAUGAUGUUGACGAAUUAAACCAAUUAGAAGCACUUGCUGGAAGUUGCAAUUGGUUUGGUUGUGGAAGUAGAAUCAUCAUCACGACCAGAGAUAAGCAAUUACUUGUAUGUCAUGAUGUUACAAGCAUUUAUGAAGUCGAGGAAUUAAAUUAUAAGGAAUCUCUUAAGUUGCUUAGUUGGUGUGCAUUUAAAAAAGAAAAUGUAGAUUCCAACAACAUGGAGGCUUGCAAUCGUGCAAUCCGUUAUUCGUGUGGCUUUCCAUUAGUUUUAGAAUUGAUUGCUUCUAAAUUGUGUGGUAAAAGAGUUGAUCUCUGGAGUUCUGCAUUGGAUAGAUUAAAAAGCACACCACAUCAAAGAGUUUUGGAUGCCUUGAAAUUAAGCUAUGAUAGUUUAGAGCGAGUAGAGAAACAAGUUUUCCUUGACUUGGCUUGCUUUUUCAAUGGUGGGAAAUUAGCAUAUGUCAAUCAUAUCUUGCACUGUGUUCGGGGAAUCCAACAACCAGAAUAUGUUAUUGAAGUGCUGAUUGAUAAAUCCCUUAUAAAGCUUGAACAAGAUCUUGUAACAAUGCAUGACUCGAUAGAAGAUGCCGGUAAAGAGAUUGUUCGACAAGAAUCAUCAUAUCAGCUUAGCAAACAAAGCAGAUUAUGGUCCUAUCAGGACAUCCUUCAAGUCUUAGAACAAGACAAUGGGACAAACAAAAUUGAAGCCAUAAUUCUAGACUUGCCUGAAAAUAUAGAAGUACAAUGGAGUGGGGAGGCAUUUGUGGAGAUGAAAAGUCUCAAAAUGCUUGUGAUAAAACAAGCAUGCUUUUCUGAAUGUCCCAAAUAUCUGCCAAAGAGUUUAAGGUGGUUGGAAUGGAAAGGGUACUCUUUCAAAUUUUUCCCAUCUUUGUGUGCAACUGAACUUGUCUCUCUUGACUUGUCCUUCAGUUCUUGUGAAUUGCUCCAACCAUUUGACAAGAAAUUUCGCAAUUUAAGUAGUAUGAAGUUAACAAAUUGCAAAUCUCUACAACAAAUACCAGACUUAUCUGGGGCUUCUAAUAUAAGAGAAUUAUGUCUUGAUGGUUGCACAAAUUUGAUUGAAAUUCAUGAUUCAGUUGGAUGUUUAAAUAAAUUGAGAGAAUGGAGUGCUAUGCGAUGCAAAAACUUGAAGAUUUUGCCAUCUUGCCUAAGGUUGACAUCUCUUGAACAUCUCAACCUCUUCGGUUGUUCAAGUCUUCAAAGAUUUCCAGAAGUAUCUAUCUUGAUGGAAGAAAUGCAGACACUUGAUUUGGACAAGACAGCGAUUAUUGAAUUGCCAUCUUCAAUCUGCAAUCUUAUUGGACUUCGAGUCUUAAGCAUGGAGGAAUGUCCUAAUCUUAUGCAGCUACCAGCUAGCAUUUGUACGCUACCAAACCUUUGGAAACUAACAGCAAAUUCUUGUGAGCAAAUGAGUCAUUUUAAGAAAUGUGAAGGUGGAGAUGAAGCAACAAACUUAGAUUGCUCGCAUAUUGGGGGGAUGCCACCAAACUUGGAAAAAUUUAGUGCCAUAUGUUGCUCAUCAUUGACUGAGUUAUCCAAAAUCAAAGUAUUGGAGCAGGCUAUCAACUUUCAAUGUGGGAAAAAAAACUUUAUUUUGCCUGGAGAAAAAUUUCCAAAAGGGCUCCAUAAGUAUGAUUGGGGAAAUUCUGUGUCAAUUUGGGUUCGUGACGUGCUCCCAACAACUUUUCUUUGGAUUCUUGUCAAAGAUGUCCAGGAUUAUGUCUACAAUUGUGAAUUCUCAGUGCACAUCAAUGAGGAAACCAAGCUGGAGAUAUGUAUUAAGCACGAGUCUGAAUCUUAUGGGGAUUUAGAAAUUUUGGAAGCUGGCGGUUAUAAGGGUACAACAUAUGCAAGAGGUCAUUCCUACGACAACUUGACAGAGUUGCGCCUUACAGAUUGCAACAGAUGUCGCAGUAUUCCUGCACUUGGCCAACUACCUGCUCUUAGGUCCUUAACUAUUGAAACAUUACGAAGUUUGGUGGCUGUGGGUUCUGAGUUUUCCAAGGCAGAUGAUUGGGCUUCACUUAUACCAUUUCCAUCCCUUGAAACUCUCAAGCGUCUGGGCAUUCAACGAUGUCCACUGCUUGCUUCUUCUAUCCCAAAGUGUCCAAUCAUUCAAAAGAUUGCUAUAAUUAAAAGUCCAAAUGUAGCGUUGCAAGAGCAAGAAUUACCACCUUCCCUACGCCGUCUGGCAAUUUCAGGUGGGCACGGGUUGGGGUCUCUGUCCGUAGAGUUGCAUAUUGAAGAUUUAAUUGUCUGGGAUUGUUCUGAUGCGGUGCCACCUCCACUGAUCCAUAUCCCCCCAUCAGUGAAACAGCUAAUUAUAGGAGGCUGUGAAAAUCUCAACGCUUUUCGGGUUCCAAAGGCACCUCUUGUUCAUGUCCGAAAGAUUUCCCUUUACUAUUGCAAGUUUCUAACGUCCUUGUUUGAUAACAUGGAGUGUCUUCUUCCAAAUUUAGAAAAGCUUAAAAUAAAAGGAUGUCCAAAAAUGGAGCCAUUCUCACCAGGGUUGUUACCAUCCAGUUUAAAACAACUUAAGAUAAGAGAGUGUGACAAGUUAUUAUCAUGUCAUGCGAAAUGGCAUCACCUUCCAACUAUCAUUAAGCUUGUCAUCUCUACUGAUUCUGACACAUUGCAUUGCAUAGGGCUUCAACACCUAACCUCUCUUCAACAACUAGAGCUUCGGUAUUCUGACAAGCUUGAGAAAAUAGAAGGAGGAAUGAUGCCUCCUUCCCUACUAAAGCUCCGCAUUAGGGAUUGCCCGCUUCUCGAAGAGCGAUGCCUCGACAAGGAUGAGGAAAUUUGGCCAAAAAUCUCUCACGUUCCAUACAUCAGUUUAAAUGGCAGACGUUUAAGAGCAUAUCUUGAAGACCAAGACAUGAAUGAUGCAACAAUCCUUGAAGACCAAGCAAUCUUUGAAGACCUCCAAGACAAUGAUGCAACAAUUCAGGUACAGCAGUCACCAUCACCAUCAAGGUCGGAGAGAUGA